UAGUGACGCGAAAAUGGCGUCCUCCGCUACCCGGUUGACUACACGCUGGUUAGCAGCAUCAGUUUCUCCUCGUCACCGUAACGGCUGCUUUCUAAUUGUCUCCGCCAGACAUGUUGGAGUUUGUUCCGCGACGAUAUCGCAGGCGCACCGGAGUGGGAUAGCGGUUAGCACGAGCUCCUGGAGACACGGGAAUGUCGUGACAUUGAAAGGACUAACAGCGGUGCGAUUUCCACAUGUCACUACCUGCCACUCUUUUCACACCAGCAGCAGGUUGGCAAACAAACAGGACUUCUAUGAUGUCUUGGGUGUCUCCCGCUCUGCCUCUCAAAAGGACAUCAAAAAGGCUUAUUACCAGUUGGCAAAGAAGUACCACCCGGAUACCAACCCAGAUGACCCAGAGGCCAAAGAGAAGUUUGCCAAACUGGCUGAAGCCUAUGAGGUGCUGAGUGAUGAGGUGAAGAGGAAGCAGUAUGACACAUACGGAGCUGCAGGCUUCGACCCCAGUCGAGCUGGGGCAAGCCAGCAGCAGUACUACAGAGCCGGGGGAACCAGUAUAGACCCUGAGGAGCUCUUCAGGAAGAUCUUUGGAGAGUUUACUGGAGGAAUGGGCUUUGGAGAUAUCCACAACAUGUUUGAACAAAGGCCUGAGUUUGUGAUGGAGCUUACAUUUGCCGAAGCAGCGAAGGGAGCGAACAAGGAGCUGAAUGUGAACAUUGACGACGCCUGCCCAAGGUGUGAUGGAAAAGGCAGUGAGCCGGGCACCAAGGUGUCACAGUGUCACUACUGCAACGGCACUGGCAUGGAGUCGAUCAACACAGGUCCCUUCAUGAUGCGCACCACCUGUCGACGCUGCGGUGGGAAGGGAUCCAUUAUAACCACGCCCUGUGCUCUUUGCAGAGGUUCAGGUCAGACCAAGAAGAGGCAGAAGGUCACUGUACCUGUACCCGCUGGAGUGGAAGACGGUCAGACAGUACGCAUGUCAGUAGGCACAAGAGAAAUCCUCAUUACAUUCAGGGUCCAGAGGAGCCCAGUGUUCAGGCGCAACGGAGCAGACAUCCACUCAGAUGUGCCCAUUUCCAUAGCUCAAGCUAUCCUGGGGGGCACAGCCACAGCACAGGGCCUCUACCAAACCAUCAGUAUAAUGAUUCCUGCCAGUUGCCAGGCUGAUCAGGUGAUCCGGCUGCAGGGGAAAGGCAUUCGGAGGAUGAACAGUUACAGCUACGGAGAUCAUUACGUUCACAUCAAGAUCAGAGUGCCCAAGAAGCUGACUCGAAAGCAGCGCUCUCUGUUGCUGAGUUAUGCUGAGGAGGAGACGGACGUGCAGGGAACCGUCAACGGUGUCAAUCCUUCUGCAGGAGGGGGCAGUAGCAGCAGCAGCAGCACUUCAGCAACUGGUACGAAGACAACCAGCUCAGACGAGGGAAGGGAAAAACAGCAGGAGCAGAAGGAGGAGGGAGGCUUCUUCUCUAAACUAAAGAAAAUGUUUAGCUGACACUCAGGCUGAAGGCAAAAAAACAACAUGGUAAAGGAAGAAAUGAAAGCCACUGACUGGGGCUCCAUGCUGUCGUCUCCUGCUUUGGGGGUUGAGCAAGGAGGAGGAAGAGAGAGGCAUAGUGGUAUUUGUGUUGACACAGUCACACGUUGUCGAAGUUGCAGUUGGCAAACAGGCCAUGCAGACAUCAGAUCCAUCCACACACCCACUGGCCCAUCACCAUAGACAGGUGCUGGGCUGAGAAACUCAUGAUCUGCUGGAAGAGAAACAAGAUGGCGACUACACAUGGCUAUUGUGCAAUAACUCUCCUGCCUGCUUACUGUGUUUGAAACCUCACUGCUCCUUGAGUCACGAGGUGCUCUACAGACAUGCUUUUAAAUACUGUGGUAGAUGAGCCAUUAAAAUGGCAACAAAAAUUUAUAGCCAGUCAAAAGCAGUAAUGCAGGCUAUGAAAAUGGAUUGUAACUGGAUGAAAAGCAAAGCAUUGUAUGGGUUUUAGGAAGUAAAUUAUAAUUGUUGUAAUAAUGUCCUAGAAAAGAACUGAUACACCACUGUAAGUUCUCUGGGAAGUUCCUGAAGAGGAGUAUGAAAUUUGGUACUGACUGUAGUAAAAUGUGGGCAGUGCUCAACUGAUGCACUUCCAAUUAAUUCUGAUAAUUUUCUAGUAAUCCCUUGCCAGUGGAUCUGCUCCGCAUGAACCAAUGUUAAAAUUGUCGAUACUACAACAUACAACUCAACAAAUGUAGAGAAUAUAGCUGCUGAUACAGUCAAUGGAUAUUUACAUGGUUUUAAAUGGAUCAUUGAAAGUUUUUCCAGUCAUUAAGAUUAUAGUGGUACAGCUUUCCAUGUGGUUACUGUGUAUUUCCUAAGGGUUUGAUUGUCUCUAUUUGCUUAACAGUUAGUACCAAAUUACAGGACUCUUUUUAGGAGACAUACUGGGAACUCAUAGGACAUUAUGUAUCCCGUAAAAUGAUGUUUUAUUUUUUCCCAUACAUUAAUCUUUACUGGCUGUUAAAUAUUCCAGUACUGUUAAAUCUGGUGGGAUACCAUUGUUUUAAUAAGGAAUGUAAACGGACGGAAAACUCAAUCCCUGAUCUUCAAUAUUUGUUACUGUCCGAUCCAGACUUAGUUGUUCUCAUUGUGGAUUGUUGCACCUGUGUGUGGUGACAAACUGCAAAACUAUUUAAAUAAAAAAACGUAUUGAAGGUUA